CUGACAGAGACUCUGGCGAGUUGUUCUCAUCUCCCACAGUCAUGGCGGUGUCAGGGAGUCACGAAGAUGGAGUAAACACCACCACGGCAACGUCCUGAUCAGUUUCUGUUUACUUUAUGCUGGACAGUAGCUGCUGUCGCCCGAGAUCCCGCAAACAUCCCGCAGGCUGCCGCCGCCGCCGCUGUGCUUGCAACGAUGGCCGACCGCGGUGUUGAUCUGUCGGCUUUGCCUAAAGAGGUUAGGGACCAGCUGGCGGAGCUGGAUCUGGAGCUCUCCGAAGGUGAUAUUACGCAGAAGGGUUAUGAGAAGAAAAGGACUAAGCUCCUGGCUCCUUACAUCAUUCACACUCCAGUGGAACCGCCCCCUAAGAACAACUCCAAGCCUCCUCCUCCUCCUCCCAGUUCCUCCUCCAGCCAUGCUCCUCCACCUUCCAGCUCAUCCCGGUACCGAGAACGUCGCUCACGCAGAACACAUCGAGGCGGAGGAACCAGGGAUGAUCGCUACAGAUCAGAUAUCCAUACUGAGGCAGUACAAGCUGCCCUGGCUAAACAUAAAGAGGAGAAGAUGGCACUGCCCAUGCCCACCAAGCGGCGCUCCACUUACGUCCAGUCUCCCAUUAAUACCCGUACACCACCAGACUCCUCAUCCGGCUCUGAAGAUGAGACGUCUGUGCGCAGACAGUCAUCAGUGGUUGCUCCUCAGUCUUUGGUCAGUCCCAGCCUGCAGAGCCCAGAUUGUUGGAUCAACCACUCUGUGCAGGGCUCAUCCACCUCCUCCUCAGCCUCCUCCACCCUGUCCCAUGGAGAGGCCAAACCACAGCCUCAGAGCCAAGCUCAGCCUCAGCCCCAGUACAAACCACAGUACCAACCUUUGUAUCAGCCUCAAUACCAGCACCAGCCUCAGCCUCAGCCUCAGCCUCAGCCUCAGCCUCAGCCUCAGCCACAGCCACAGUCUCAACAACAGCCCCACACUACAGCUUUGGCAGACAUGUUGGCUCACAGUCGCAUUGCUCCCUUGGAAAACAGUGCCCCCCCUCCAGAUGUCACAGCUGUGGCCCCUGCAGCCAGAGGCCCGCGGGUGGACCUGCCCUCCAACGCCGUGGUCCGCGGUAUGACUCGUGUGCAGAGCCGCUCGAGCAUGAUGGAGACUGCAGAUGUAGGAAGAGGUAAUAUCCAGAGGGUCCCCGUCAGCAGCAGAGUGUCCACCAAAAUCCAGCAGCUUCUCAACACACUGAAGAGGCCGAAGAGGCCGCCGCUCAGCGAGUUCUUCACCGACGACUCAGAGGAGAUAGUAGAAGUGCCCCAGCCAGACCCAAACACGCCUAAGCCGGAGGGCCGUCAGAUCAUCCCAGUGAAAGGAGAGCCUUUGGGAGUGGUCAGUAACUGGCCCCCAGCCCUGCAGGCAGCAUUGGCCCGCUGGGGGGCCACGCAGGGGAAGAGCCCCGCUCUCACUGCUCUGGACAUCACCGGCAGACCGCUCUAUACACUGACUUAUGGCAAGCUGUGGAGUCGCAGUGUGAAGUUGGCGUACACGCUCCUGAACAAGCUGGGCACCAAGAACGAGCAAAUCCUCAAACCUGGAGACAGAGUGGCGUUGGUUUACCCCAACAGUGACCCUGGGAUGUUCUGGGUGGCCUUCUACGGCUGCCUCCUGGCUGAAGUUAUUCCUGUACCUAUUGAGGUGCCACUGUCUCGUAAGGAUGCAGGUAUCAGCCAGGUGGGCUUUCUGCUCGGUAGCUGUGGUGUUGGUCUGGCUCUGACCAGUGAGAUCUGUUUGAAGGGUCUGCCCAAGACCCCUGCAGGGGAAAUACUGCAGUUCAAAGGCUGGCCUCGACUAAAGUGGGUAAUAACGGACUCAAAAUACCUGACGAAACCCUCUAAAGAUUGGCAGCCUCACGUCCCCACCGCUAACACUGACCCUGCAUAUAUAGAGUACAAGGCGAGUAAAGAAGGCACUGUGGUGGGUGUGGCCGUGUCUAAAGUAGCCAUGUUGACCCACUGUCAGGCUCUGACCCAGGCCUGCAACUACUGUGAAGGGGAAACAUUAGUGAAUGUCCUGGACUUUAAAAAGGAUAUUGGCCUGUGGCACGGUGUUCUCACGGCUGUAAUGAACAGGAUACACACGAUCAGUGUUCCCUAUGCUGUAAUGAAGGCGUGUCCUCUCUCCUGGGUGCAGAGGGUCCACAUCCACAAAGCUCGUAUAGCUUUGGUGAAGUGUCGUGAUCUGCACUGGGCCAUGAUGGCUCAUCGGGACCAGAGAGACACCAGCCUCGCUUCAUUACGUAUGCUCAUUGUUGCUGACGGUGCUAAUCCCUGGUCGGUGUCUUCCUGUGAUGCCUUCCUAAACGUUUUCCAGUCCCACGGACUGAAGCCUGAGGUCAUCUGUCCCUGUGCUACCUCACCUGAGGCCAUGACUGUAGCUUUACGGAGACCAGGAGUACCAGGUGCACCUCUCCCUGCCCGUGCCAUUCUUUCGAUGGGCGGCCUGAGCCAUGGUGUCAUCAGGGUCAACACAGAGGACAAGAACUCCGCUCUGACUGUGCAAGAUGUGGGCCAUGUUAUGCCCGGAGCGCUGAUGUGCAUUGUCAAACCUGAGGGGCCUCCUCAGCUAUGUAGAACAGAUGAGAUAGGAGAGAUCAUAAUCAACUCUCGUGCUGGAGGCACCAUGUACUACGGCCUGCCUGGACUCACGAAAAACACAUUCGAGGUGAUCCCGGUGAACAUUAAUGGAGUUCCCAUCGGAGAGAUUCCAUUUGUGCGCUCAGGUCUGCUGGGAUUUGUUGGCCCAGGCAGUCUGAUCUUUGUGGUGGGUAAGAUCGAAGGCCUGCUGAUGGUCAGUGGACGCAGACACAAUGCUGAUGACCUGGUGGCCACUGCUCUGGCUGUAGAGCCUGUCAAGACUGUGUACCGUGGCAGGAUCGCUGUGUUCUCUAUCACUGUGUUCUACGAUGAGAGGGUAGUGAUUGUGGCGGAGCAGAGGCCAGACGCCAGCGAGGAGGACAGCUUCCAGUGGAUGAGUCGAGUGCUUCAGGCCAUCGACAGCAUCCACCAGGUGGGCCUUUACUGUCUGGCUCUGGUACCAGCCAACACUUUGCCCAAAACACCUCUGGGUGGCAUCCACAUCUCUGACACCAAGCAGUACUUUUUAGACGGCAACCUGCAUCCCUGCAACAUCCUCAUGUGUCCACACACAUGUGUCACCAACCUGCCCAAACCCCGGCAGAAGCAGCCAGUUGGUGUAGGUCCUGCUUCUGUCAUGGUGGGCAACCUGGUGGCAGGGAAGAGGAUUGCUCAGGCCGCAGGCAGGGACCUCGGCAUGAUAGAAGACCAGGAUCUUAUCCGGAAGCUCUGUAUGUGGCCUACUGUGAUGCAUCAGUAUUUGACAGAGGCUCUACAGUGGAGGGCACAGACAGACCCAGACCACAUCCUCUUUGUUCUUCUUAAUGCUAAGGGUGUGGCAGUGAGCACGGCGUCCUGCGUCCAGCUUCACAAGCGCGCUGAGAAGAUCGCUGCGGCACUCACAGAGAAAGGCAGCAUCAACACUGGAGAGAACGUAGUGCUGCUCUAUCCUCCUGGCAUCGAUUUGAUAGCCGCCUUCUAUGGCUGUCUGUACGCUGGAUGUGUUCCCGUAAACGUCAGACCUCCUCACCCUCAGAACCUGGCAGCCACGCUGCCGACUGUCCGCAUGAUUAUUGAUGUCAGUAAAGCUGCGUGUAUCCUCACCACUCAGAACCUCAUGAGGACCCUUCGUUCCAAGGAAGCUGCUGCUUCAGUAAACAUUAAAACGUGGCCAACAAUCAUUGACACAGAUGACCUUCCUCGCCGCCGGCCUCCGCAGAUCUACAAGCCACCCACAGCAGAGAUGAUAGCUUAUCUGGACUUCAGCGUGUCCACUACAGGAAUGCUUACUGGGGUUAAGAUCUCCCAUGCAGCAGUCAGUGCCAUUUGUCGCUCCAUAAAGCUGCAGUGUGAGCUGUACUCCUCUCGUCAAAUAGCCAUCUGCCUGGAUCCAUAUUGUGGUCUGGGCUUUGUUUUGUGGUGCCUCGCAAGUGUUUACUCAGGUCACCAGUCCAUCCUCGUCCCUCCCUUUGAGUUGGAGAGCUGCUUGUCACUGUGGCUGAGUACGCUCAGUCAGUACCGCAUCAGAGACACCUUCUGCUCCUACUCUGUCAUGGAACUCUGCACUAAAGGACUGGGCACUCAGACUGAGCUGCUCAAGGCCCGUGGUGUGAACCUGUCAUGUGUGCGGAGCUGUGUGGUGAUAGCAGAGGAACGUCCUCGCCUGGCCCUCACAUAUUCCUUCUCCAAGCUGUUUAAGGACGUGGGUCUGUCACCCAGAGCUGUCAGCACUGCUUUUGGCUCCAGGGUGAAUCUUGCCAUCUGCCUGCAGGGCACAACUGGUCCUGAUCCCUGUACUGUGUACGUGGACAUGAAGUCCCUCCGCCAUGACAGGGUGAGGCUGGUGGAGAGAGGAGCUCCUCAAAGUCUUCCUCUAAUGGAGGCUGGCAAGAUACUGCCGGGUGUGCGGGUGAUAAUCGUCAAUCCAGAGACUAGAGGCCCGCUUGGCGAUUCUCAUCUGGGAGAGAUCUGGGUGAACAGCCCUCACACUGCCAGUGGCUACUACACCAUCUAUGGCGAGGAGAGCCUUCAGGCCGACCACUUCAACACUAAACUCAGCUUCGGAGAUCCUCAGACCUUGUGGGCCAGAACUGGAUACUUGGGUUUCGUGAAGAGGACCGAGCUGUUAGAUGCCAGUGGGGACCGGCAUGAUGCUCUCUUUGUGGUGGGGUCACUGGAUGAGACCUUGGAGCUACGAGGACUGCGGUACCACCCCAUUGACAUUGAAACCUCAGUGUCCCGUGCUCAUCGCAGUAUUGCGGAAAGCGCUGUGUUUACAUGGACCAACCUGCUGGUGGUGGUGUCAGAGCUGUGUGGCUCAGAGCAGGAUGCACUCGACCUGGUGCCUCUGAUCACCAACGUGGUCCUGGAGGAGCACCACCUCAUCGUGGGCGUGGUGGUCAUUGUGGACCCCGGGGUGAUACCCAUUAAUUCCAGGGGAGAGAAGCAACGCAUGCACCUCCGUGACUCUUUCCUGGCUGACCAGCUGGAUCCCAUCUAUGUUGCCUACAACAUGUGAUGGGGUUUUUGUUUCGCCGUCAACCACCGUCUGGAUGCCUCUGCACCGUCAUCCAAACAUGUGACUACUGGCUUGGCAGAUGAUGAGAAGUAAAAGCAUGAACCACACGUACUGCCACCCUGCCCUGUGUGUGUGUGUGACACCAGCAUAUCUUGGCCACUGCAUGUCUGUGAUUGGAUCUGCCAUGUUUGGAGUUGUUCACUGUGUUUUAUAGAUAUAAUUUUGCAAAAGGGGAUUGAAGCAACUUGCAAAAAGAAGUCCCUGUUGCACUUUUUUCAGGGGAAAGAAGCAAAUGACACAUCUGGACACGUAUUAAUGUCCAGGUGAAAAUCCAUCUCAUUCUUUUCUCACCUCAAACCACUUUCCCCUUUGUGUCUACAAAGAUUCUAAGAGCUACUAAACUUACAUAGAAAAUUAGAAAUAUUUUUACAUGCAGCUUUCAAACUAACGCACAUGAUGCAUGUGCUAACUAGGCCCGUGUUAUUUUUCACUAAAUGUAGAUGAAUCAG